AUGGAUGUCAAAGCAAUUGUAGAGGCCCCAGGUUUCGUAGCCGGCUUCUCUCAAUCAACCGUAGGAGACACCACGCCCAACGUUUUAGGCGCAUGGUGCGACGAUGGUUAUGGGCAACAGUGUACCGUAAACAACAGUACCUGUGCCGGUAUAUCCCAGACUUGUCACGGUCGCGGUCCCGCGUUCCAAGCAUUGGAUCUGGGGGUAGCAUCCUGA